AUGAGAAUACUGUUUUUCACUAAGUUUAAUCACGGUGAAUCAACAAGGCACUUAAAUAAAAGAUUUGAAUCACCAUUGCCAGUUCCUGAAUUCCUGAAAAAGCUUGGAACUAAGUACUGGAGGUUUAUUGGCAAAAAGCUUGAUGGAGAGUUUACUAAGGAUAUAAGUGAAGGAUUUACUGGAAUACCAGACAAUUUAGAUGCUGCAACUGUCUGGACAGGCAAUGGUAAAAUUUACUUUUACAAGGGAACAAAGUUUUGGAAAUUCGAUCCAUCGUUAAGACCACCAGUAAAAAAUACUUAUCCUAAGCUUAUUUCAAAUUGGGAAGGUGUACCUGACAAUAUUGAUGCGUCUCUCUCUUACCAUGGCUACACCUAUUUUUUUAAAGAUGAGUCUUACUACCGAUUUAACGAUAAAACGUUUUCUGGAACUAAGUACUGGAGGUUUAUUGGCAAAAAGCUUGAUGGAGAGUUUCCUAAGGAUAUAAGUGAAGGAUUUACUGGAAUACCAGACAAUUUAGAUGCUGCAACUGUCUGGACAGGCAAUGGUAAAAUUUACUUUUACAAGGGAACAAAGUUUUGGAAAUUCGAUCCAUCGUUAAGACCACCAGUAAAAAAUACUUAUCCUAAGCUUAUUUCAAAUUGGGAAGGUGUACCUGACAAUAUUGAUGCGUCUCUCUCUUACCAUGGCUACACCUAUUUUUUUAAAGAUGAGUCUUACUACCGAUUUAACGAUAAAACGUUUUCUGUGGAUUCAGCAAACCCUGCGUUUCCACGGCCUAUUGGAUAUUGGUGGUUUGGUUGCCGAUCGACAAGUAAAAGUAAUUUUAACAUUAAAUGGGUACAUAGCAAGGCCCAGAACUUAUCUUACUCAUUUGUGAAUGACUUAAAUAAUUUGGAUAAUAAUAUGAACAAGCUUCCAACAGGUGUUACCAAAGAUAAUAAUAGUAAUACGUGAAUCGAUAUAGCAACAUAAAAAUUUCAACAUUGUUGAAAAAU